AUGGUUCAUGCCUUUGUGCAUCCAAUCAGCCACUGCGAGGGUACCAACACCUCUAGCUGUGCAGUAUGUCUCCCAGGGACAGAAAAGUCUCAUUGGCGCAGCGGAUAUGCUGACUCGAAUCCCGAGUUUCCUCAAACUGUGUCUGUUAUCUUAUUCUUAUCCUUCAGGCCUUCCAUGCCAGAUGAUAGGAGGAACCCAACUAGACCAGGCGAGACAAAAACCAACAAACGCUAUAAAAGAGAAGAAAAAGCAAAGCGAAACCAUACCAAGCCGAAUCCAGGCUUUGAUCCCGUCUUAUCGACUAUUUCCGAAUCUUCUCAUACGGAAGGCAUUGGUCCUGAGGCUUCGAUUAUAUUUAGCACAUUGGUUGGUUAG